UUCAGGUACCAUAUUCCUAAUCCCAUGGUCACCAUGAGAAGAACCUAGAGGUCCUUCACUUCUAAUCUCCGUUUCUAUCGUUCCGCCGCCGGAUAUAAAGCGCGUUAGUAUCCAUACGUUGCCAUCGCAUCGCAAUUAGGACUGAAUCCGGUCGUGUGAGCCAUUGCAUAGCCCCUGACGGUGCUAGAUUCGGAAGCUACUCGCGCUCACCUCACGUCUUCAUCAGAUUCGUAAUCUCUAGAGGCCGUUACUCCACAGGGACUUUUUCCGUUCCCGUUCCAAACGCCUUUCGGAGCAGACAGCAGCCAUGGCGCUGACAGCAGCAGACGCGGGGCCGAUCUACAACCUGUUAGAAGCAGCCCUGAACGAGGCUACAAGGAAGGAGGCGGAGCAGGCUCUUAGCGCGUAUGAGACCCGCGUGGGUUUCUGCUCAUGCCUUCUGGAGAUCAUAGCGCGCAAGGAGUUGGACCAGAAGGGCGGAGCCAGGUGGCUGGCAGCAGUCUACUUCAAAAACAGCAUCAACCGAUACUGGCGCGCUAGACGGGAGACACAAGGGAUAUCAGACGAAGAAAAGCCGGUGCUGAGAGCGCGGCUGCUGGACCUGAUAGCAGACGAGAACAGCCAAGUGGCCGUCCAGCUGGCGGUGCUUGUGGCUAAGAUCGCCCGCAUUGACUACCCCAGGGAAUGGCCGGAGCUGUUCCCCACUCUCGUGCAAAAGCUACAGACUCAAGAUCCUCUGCUCACACAGCGCGCCUAUCUGGUCCUCAAUCACGUGCUUAAGGAACUCUCAACUAAGCGCCUCAGCGUGGAUCAACGCACCUUCGCUCAGGUGACCAGCCAGCUGUUUGAGCCCACCUGGGCGCACUGGGUGCAGGACACAGGGUCGCUGCUGCAAGGCCUUAAAGCCCUUGGUGACGCAGGAUCCGAUCAAGCAGCAGCAGCAGCGGCAGCAGGGGCGCUGAUGCUGCUGUGCGAGCGGUGGCUGCUGUGUGUGAAGACCCUCCGUCGUAUGCUCGUGUUUGGCUUUCCGUCCGACUUCAAAUCCGUUCAGGAGGUUCCAGUGUUGGAACAAGUCGUGCCUGCGUUUCUUGAAGCAGCUCAAUCGCUCCUCAACUUCCGCACUCUCUCUCAGGUCAACCCAGCCCUGCAGCCCCUCCGCACCUUCCUCUCCCGCGCCUCAGUCAAGCUCCUCAAAACCCUCGUCGCCUCUCACGAGCUGCACCCCUUCUCCUUCGCCUCCAAGUCCGUCCUCCUGCCCACCCUCAACUUCUGUUACAAUCAGGUUACCACCACCGACCCCACCUCCCCCCCUGCCUCCUCCUCACCCUCCCCCUCCACCCCUGCUGCACAAAGCUCCCCUGCUGCCGCUGCUGCCGCUGCUGCGCCUGGUGCUGCUGACACCCCCGCCUCCCCCUCCGCAUCUGCCCACAGCCUCUUCCUCAUCGAGUGCAUGCUGUUUCUGCAGAGUGUGCUGCGCUGUGUGGCCUACAAGCAGAACGCCACAGGCCACGUGGUGGGCGCGGCGCAGCCGUCAAUGGAGGAGAUGCGGGGGAAGCUGUCAGGGAUGGCGCGGCAGCAGCUGCAGAGCUUCUUUUCCCAAGAGAAGGUGGUGGUGCUGGGGAGCGUGCUCGUGCAACGCUACCUGGUGCUCACAGCAGCGGACCUGGAGGAGUGGGGGUCGGAUCCUGAGGUGUUCUACCACGAGCAGGGGGCGGUUCAAUGGAAGGACAAGCUCCGGCCGUGUGCCGAGGCGCUGCUGCUGCUGCUGUUUGAACAGUUCAAAGAGGUGCUAUCCCCUGCGUUGAUAGACAUGCUACGGCAGUGCAUAGAGGCGAGCCCCCCCCCUGCUUCCCCUGACGCCGACGUGCCUGUGACCCCAGCUCUGCUGCUGAAGGACGCAUGCUACGAUGCUGUGGGCGUGGCGUGCUACGAUCUGCACGACGUGGUGGACUUCAAGUCCUGGUUCACCUCGGCCCUCCUACCGGACAUGGCGUGCCGCCACCCCAAUGCUCGCAUACUGCGCAGACGGGCGGCGUGGAUGGUGGGGCAGUGGGUGAGCAAGGUGGAGGGCGACCUGUGCGUGCCAGCCUACCAGGCGCUCAUCUCGCUGCUGGCAGAUGCAGACCUAGUCGUCCAGCUCACAGCAGUCGCCUCCCUGCGCUCUCUCAUAGACGAUGUGCACUUCUACGAGGACCAGUUUGCUCCGUUCCUCGACACGGCGGUGCAGCUGCUCUUCUGCUGCCUGCAGCAGGUGUCGGAGUUUGACUCCCAGCUGCAGGUGGUCAACGUGGUGUCACUCAUCAUCGAGCGCAUGGGGGAGAAGAUCGUCCCCCUGGCUGACAAGAUAUUGUCCUGUUUGCCUCAGGUGUGGGAGCAAUCAGAGGGCCAACCCUUGCUGCGCAUCCAGGUGAUGCAGGCGCUGCAGCGCCUCAUAGUGUCCCUGGGGCCGCAGUCCCCGCUGUCGUACCCGCUGCUCUUCCCCAUCCUGCGCUAUAGCACCGACAUCUCUCAACCCGACGAGCUCAACAUGCUGGAAGACGGGCUGCAGCUGUGGCAAGCCACGUUGCGCCAUGCCCCUGCCAUGGUCCCUGACCUCAUGGCUCUCUUCUCCAACCUCGUUCCCACCAUGGACAGAAGCUUCGAGCACUUACCAGUAGCAACAGCCAUUAUGGAGAGCUACGUGCUGGUGGGGGGCCCUGCGUUCCUGCAGCAGCAUGCGGGGAGCCUCGUGAGAAUGAUCGAUGCGGUGGUGGGGAAUGUGAAGGAAAAAGCCAUGCUGCUGGUGAUAGGGCUCGUUGACGUGAUCAUACAGUGCUAUCCAGCAGAGGCGCCUCCGGCGCUCGAGUCCGUCCUCCAGAAACUCCUGGUGAUGAUCGUCGGCCCAACAGAAUACUCCGAUCUCGUUAGAGGAACAUCCGCUACAGUGCUCGCGAGGGUGGUGCUCCAGAACAGCUCCUAUUUCGCUCAAUUCAUAUCCGCCGAAUCGACUCGCCAGUUGCUGCAGCAGCAGUCCACAGCAAAGGGGAACGCCCCCCCUCUCGCCCUCUUUCUAGAUGCGUGGCUGGAUAAGGUUGACUCUGUGUCAGUGCCAGCCAAGCGCAAGCUCUCCUCCCUGGCCCUAGCGGUGCUGCUGACGAUGCCGGAGCCCCAGAUACUGGAGAGACUGGACCUCAUUCUCAGUGUGUGCUCGGGUUCCCUUGCGGAGGACAGCCCUGACAACACGCCACUCCUCCCAGACAUCUCCACUGUGGGCUACGACUAUGCAUCGGUGUCAGACUCCAUUCAAGGGGGCGAGGGCGCCCCAGUGGAGUGUGAGGCACUGAGGAGGCGCCAGGUGGCGUCCAUAGACCCCGUUCACCGGGUCGCUUUUGGUCCGUUUCUCAAGGAGAAGCUGCAGGCAUGCAUGGUAGUUCACGGGGAGCAGCUGUUUCAAGCUGCCAUGGCUCGAGUACCACCUCCCAUCGUCUCUCAAUUGCAGCAGCUGUAGGGAUGGUACACAAGGGGUUUCAGUCCGUUUCUCAAGGCGAAGCUGCAGGCGUGCACGGGGAGCAGCUGUUCCAAGCCGCCAUGGCACGUGUGCCACUUCCUAUUUUGUCUCAAUUGCUGCAGUUGUAGUCACUCGGUCUUUGUCUCUAGCACCAGCUGCAGGCGUGCAUGGCAGUGCAAGGUAGUGCAAGGUAAUGCAAGGUAGUGCAAGGUAGUGCAAGGUAGUGCAAGGUGGUGCAAGGUAGUGCAAGGUAGUGCAAGGUAGUGCAAGGUAGUGCAAGGUAGUGCAAGGUGGUGCAAGGUGGUGCAAGGUAGUGCACGGUAGUGCACGUUAGUGCAAGGUAGUGCAAGGCAGUGCAAGGUAGUGCAAGGUAGUGCAAGGUAGUGCAAGGUAGUGCAAGGUAGUGGAAGGUAGUGCACGGUAGUGCACGGUAGUGCAAGGUAGUGCACGGCAGUGAAUGAUGGAUGCUCCUCUCACAGCAGCAGUAGCAGUAGGCAUGACACGGUGGCCCUUUGGCCUUGGCUAGUUUCCUCUAAGAGAAGCUGUAGGUGUGUGGCAGCGUAUUGGGGGGGGGGGGGGGGGCAGUCUGUCGGCAGGGCCCCUCUUCAAGUUUAGUUACUCUGAGCCUUCUAGGGAACAUCCUCUGAUAAAUGCUAGUUCACCCUCCUUGGAUAGGCCAGGACCAGGAAAGCCUGGUUUUGCAGGGCUUUGAGCGAACGAAUCGUCGUCCAUAAGAAUAUUUUGGGCUAAGCUCCCACAAUGAACAAACAAACUUAUC